AUGCCUGCAUCUGUCUUGUCCUCUCUCUCUCUCCGUCUCCUUCCAGUCUCCCACCUUCUCCAGAGCUUCACCGAGGGAGAACUGAAGAAGGUGAUCGGGACUCUGAUUGACAGGAGUAGCAAGAGGAGAGGCAGGAACAGUAGAGAGGAGAGCCAGGAGAGCUCAUCCCAGACGACUAAGGGAGCUAAGCGUGGGCGCAGGAAGAGGUUAAAGCCGUGCUCUUUGCGGGAAGUGGAGGUGACGGUGGGGGAACUGGGGCUGGGCUACGACAGCGACGAGACUCUCCUCUUCAGGUACUGCAGCGGCAGGUGCACCGCGCGCCGACGACGCAACUAUGACAUCGCCCUGGAACACACGAGGAGGGCGGGGCUCAUUAAAAAGGGGCGGAGAGACAAGGUGCAGUACAGCCCGUGCUGUCGGCCUAUCGCGUACGAGAAGGAUAUCUCCUUCCUGGAUAACAACAGUAGAUACCACACGGUGCAGGAGGUGUUGGCACGGGAGUGUGGCUGUGCGUGACCCUGGGGGAGGUGGGUAAACGUUUAAUAACGACCACAUCCUCUGAACCACCAAUGAGUAAUGGCUACUGGGAUGAUGUCAUAUGAUGUCUCAGUGUGGAUGCAAUGCCUCAUGAAAAGCGAGAGACUUGUCAUCGCAGGUGUUAUGGUCACAUGAUGCAGGAAGUGUCGGCUCUGGAGGCGUUGCUGUGCACGAUCUCUGAACAUGGGGCCUGUUCCCGGAAAGAUCCGUGGAGAUUUCUUUUAUCCGUCUUGUUGUACUGGCAGCUUUGCCUUUCGAAGGGCAGCGUUCAGGAGGACCCAGCAUUAAAAUAAAAUGGCAAUAUGCUCUAUCAUAGAGAACAGAAUUCAUUGUUAUGUACAUGUAUUUCGGUUGGAUGCAUGGAUAUUACCCACGGUUACCGGAUUACAGCAGAAAACAGGACAAUGCCUAUGGAUGAACUUUUUGACAUUGGGCCAAUAACAGGAGGGCGACGUGUUGGCAAACAUUCAGAUAGAUGUGAUCGUCUGUCACGUGGAAUAUAGGGACUGCGAUCAGCUCUGUGAAUUCCAUUCCUAUCUGCAAGGUUGUGAACCUUUCACCUCAUGGAAUGUGAGUCUGCCCUCUGGUGGCGUUGGAGCUGCAGGACCUCCAUGUUCUAUGAGAAGGAGCACCGAUGCCUUCUGGGAUAUCAUGUCAGGUCUAGUUCAUUUUGUCAUGUGCACAGGAUACACGUGGUACGCAGUACAAUGAAAUGCUUACCUGGAGAUACACGUGGUACGCAGUACAAUGAAAUGCUUACCUGUAGAUUCAUUCUCGGCGAUGCAACAUCAUAAAAAGACAGAAGUCAAUAAAUUAAGAAUAAUAAAAAAAUAAGUUACAUUUAAAUAUCGUCUGACCUUCCCGGGGUCCAUGGAUACUGGGUACGGGAAGAUAGAGCAACAGGAUGACGUCUCUGAAUAUGGAUCUGUGUGGAUGUAUUCAGGGAUGGAAUUCAAGGAUUUUGUGUACCGAUCAGCUUGAGCUUAUAGACUUAUAGGCAUUUUUACUACGUAAGGUCCAAAAUCUGUGCAAUGGGAUAUUUUAAUAGAAAAAAAAGAGCUAGCCAGUGGGCUAGUUUGGUAUAUUUUCUUAUAGCACAGUCUAAAAAAGUACUAGGCUCUGGCUAUUUGUAUGGAACUGGUUGAGGGCAACACACCUGUAGUAAACUUCUGAGAAUCAUGAGAGCAUGGACCCGGUCACUAGAACAGUACUGAGUAUGGACCCGGUCACUAGAACAGUACUGAGUAUGGACAGGGUCACUAGAACAGUACUGAGUAUGGACAGGGUCACUAGAACAGUACUGAGUAUGGACAGGGUCACUAGAACAGUACUGAGUAUGGACAGGGUCACUAGAACAGUACUGAGUAUGGACAGGGUCACUAGAACAGUACUGAGUAUGGACAGGGUCACUAGAACAGUACUGAGUAUGGACCCGGUCACUAGAACAGUACUGAGUAUGGACCCGGUCACUAGAACAGUACUGAGUAUGGACAUGGUCACUAGAACAGUACUGAGUAUGGACCCGGUCACUAGAACAGUACUGAGUAUGGACAGGGUCACUAGAACAGUACUGAGUAUGGACCCGGUCACUAGAACAGUACUGAGUAUGGACAUGGUCACUAGAACAGUACUGAGUAUGGACAGGGUCACUAGAACAGUACUGAGUAUGGACAGGGUCACUAAAACAGUACUGAGUAUGGACCCGGUCACUAGAACAGUACUGAGUAUGGACCCGGUCACUAGAACAGUACUGUGGCAUGAUCAAUAAAGAGAAAUUCUUCUGUUUUUUAAAUCAGAAAGGAAUGAUAAAUAGUUAAUUCAAAAUAUUGAUCAAUGACCUUUACUGGACCAUUAUCAAACAACUUCCCUUCCCUUCCAACUGCAUACAAACCUCCAUGGAGAUAUCACAAAAUGUCUGCCGUCUAGUUAUCACAAAAUGUCUGCCGUCUAGUUAUCACAAAAUGUCUGCCGUCUAGAUAUCACAAAAUGUCUGCCGUCUAGUUAUCACAAAAUGUCUGCCGUCUAGUUAUCACAAAAUGUCUGCCGUCUACAUAUCACAAAAUGUCUGCCGUCUAGAUAUCACAAAAUGUCUACCGUCUAGAUAUCACAAAAUGUCUACUGUCUAGAUAUCACAAAAUGUCUGCCGUCUAGUUAUCACAAAAUGUCUGCCGUCUAGAUAUCACAAAAUGUCUGCCGUCUAGAUAUCACAAAAUGUCUGCCGUCUAGAUAUCACAAAAAGUCUGCCGUCUAGAUAUCACAAAAUGUCUGCCGUCUAGAUAUCACAAAAUGUCUGCUGUCUAGUUUUCACAAAAUGUCUGCUGUCUAGAUAUCACAAAAUGUCUGCCGGCUAGAUAUCACAAAAUGUCUGCCGGCUAGAUAUCACAAAAUGUCUGCCGGCUAGAUAUCACAAAAUGUCUGCCGGCUAGAUAUCACAAAAUGUCUGCCGGCUAGAUAUCACAAAAUGUCUGCCGUCUAGAUAUCACAAAAUGUCUGCCGUCUAGAUAUCACAAAAUGUCUGCCGUCUAGAUAUCACAAAAUGUCUGCCGUCUAGAUAUCACAAAAUGUCUGCCGUCUAGAUAUCACAAAAUGUCUGCCGUCUAGAUAUCACAAAAUGUCUGCCUUCUAGAUAUCACAAAAUGUCUGCCGUCUAGAUAACACAAAAUAUCUGCCGUCUACAUAUCACAAAAUGUCUGCUGUCUUAUCUUCUCUAAAAAAUUAUGAGAUGUUCUGUGGCAUUUUUGUCCAAGGGUGUUCCAGCAAAAACACAAGCAUUAUAUCUUUGUUAUUUCCAUUCGAGGCUUUUAUCUAGUACUCUUCAAAAAACAACUUUCUCCAAACACAAUCACGAUCAGUAACUCACUGACAUAAUGUCCUCCUAAGCGUUUGCCAAUACAUUAUGUAAGAACUCAUUGUUUGAUUUUAUUGCUGUGGUUUCAGAUUACAGGUUACAUAGUUACAGAAUAUUCUUCAACUUUAAAGUGCUGAAAGAUAUAUAUAUAUAUAACCUUAUAAAUAUAUAAUCCAUUAUAUAAUUCACAUCCCUGAUUAAUGUGAACAAUAAGUUUAUAGACCCUAUGGGCCCUGUUCAAAAGUAGUGCACUAUUAAGGGUGCCAUUUUGUAUGCACACAACCAAAACACAUCAAUAUGUUAGUCUGAAAGUAUUCAGAAUGACUUUUUCCACAUUUUGCUACAUUAGAGGCCUUAUUCUAAAAAUGGAUUCAAUCGUUUGUUCCCACCUCAUCAAUUUACACACA